AUGCCCUCGUCACGAGAUAAGGAAGAAGCGCCUUUUAGUGCUGUCUUGCUUGCUGCUUGCACGCAACAGAUGCAGCAACAGCAACAGCAACAGCAACAGCAGCAACAGAAGCAGCAGCAGCAGCAGCAGCAGCUGCAGGAGCAGCUGCAGUACGAGCAGCAGCACGAGCAGCAGCACCAUCUGCAG